AAAAGCCUCCGUCUUCUUCCUCACAACUGGAGAGACAACUCCCAGCCGACUCGAUUUGCUAGUUCGGUUAAUAGUUAGCCCUUAAAGCCAUCUAUUAACCAAUGUAACCAGCGAUAUUUAUUUAAUAACUUAAGGAAACGAUGGAGGUCGACUCAGUGUUUUACACUGAUCGCAGUGGGAGAGUAACCAGUAACCCACUGUUGGACCAGCUCCCCAGCUACCAGUCCCUACUCUACCGCCGGAAGUCGUCGUCUGGAGGCACCAAGCGCAGAGGCAGUUCUAGAACACGGCUGGGCUCCUCUGGUAGUGGAAAAUGGGGUGUGAGUACAAUCUCCAGACAUGAGGAGAAACAGAAGAGUCAGACUGAGCAGAGACCCAUCAGAGAACUGACCAAGAGCAUGGCAGAGAAACGCAGAGACAACACACAGCGUAUGGAGGAGGCUCGAGAUCUUAGCAGCUGGAGACAGUGGAGGCGAAGCACCCGUAGGAAUGUAAGAAGACUGAGAGAUGAUGCCCAUGAAUGGCUGAACUCCCUGAAGCUUUGGAGGGGAGAUAUUCACCUGAUAGAGGGGAUGUUUGGUACUGGAAUCCUGUCCUACUUCUCAUUCCUACGCUUCCUGGUCCUACUCAACUCAGUCAUCUUUUUGCUCAUGUUCAGUUUCAUCAUGUUACCCAUCAUCUUAGUUCCUCAUGCUUCAGGAAACACAACCUACAACCAAUAUGACGGAAGUGAGUGCAGUCUGUAUCCAAGUAGUUCCCGUCGAGGUCUCGUCAUCUUUCACGAGCACAUUACAGAUCUGCUCUCUGGAGGAGGUUUCCUGGAGCAGACCUACCUUUUUUAUGGCUUCUACAAGGUAGAUAAAAUUCACUUUCCAAACUUCACAUACAACGUGCCACUUGCUUAUCUGUUGGUCACAGUCGCCUACUUGUUCCUCAGUCUCAUCUGGAUUGUUAAAAGGUCGGCCACAGGGUUUAAACGCAACCUGGUCCAGGAUGAGGAUCGCUUCCAGAGUUUUUGCAACAAGAUCUUUGCUGGCUGGGACUUCUGCAUCACUAAUGAGAACGCUGCAAGACUGAAGAGAAGCAGUCUUCUCUAUGAACUCAAGACGGACUUGGAAGAAGAGAGGAUCAAACAGAAAAUAGCGGAUCGCACUCGUAAAGAAAAGUGUCGAAUCUAUGUCCUCCGCCUUGUCCUCAACCUGUUUGUCAUUGGUGUACUGGCUGGAUGCUUCUAUAGUAUUUAUGUAGCCACCAUCGUCUCUCAGGAAGCACAGCUGAAUGAUGAAAAGGAGAAUUUCAUUAUGGAUCUCAUCUAUGAGUAUCUGCCCUCAAUUGUUAUCACCUUGGCCAACUUCAUCACACCCCUCCUCUUCUCUGUCAUCAUCAACUUUGAGGACUACUCGCCUGCCUUUGAGAUCCGCUUCACUCUCAUGAGGUGUGUGUUCAUGCGGUUGACCAGUAUUGGGGUUUUGCUUUUCUCUCUCUGGUCUCAGAUCACUGAAUGUGGUGAGGAGUCUUGCAUCUGUGGCUAUAAUCACAAACUGUACUCCUGCUGGGAGACCCGUGUGGGCCAGGAGAUGUACAAACUCACUGUCUUUGACUUCAUCAUCAUCGUUGCAGUUACCAUCUUUGUAGAGUUUCCCAGAAAGCUCAUAGUGAAGCACUGUGAUUGUGGUCUUGCUAAGUGGUGGGGUCAGCAGGAGUUUGCCAUUCCUCAAAAUGUGCUGGAAAUUGUCUAUGGUCAGACCAUCUGCUGGAUCGGCACUUUUUACUGCCCACUGCUGCCUGCCAUCUGCACCAUAAAAUAUUUCUUUAUCUUUUACAUUAAAAAGGUGUCUUUAAUAAACAACUGUCGUCCAGCCACACGUCCAUUCAGAGCUUCGAGCUCCAACUUCUUCUUCCUCGGUGUGCUGCUGAUAGGCCUGGCUCUGGCCUGUGUGCCUGUCUCUGUUAGCGUAGCACAGAUAAACUGUUCGCAGGCUUGCGGUCCUUUUGUUAAUUACAACACCUCCUGGGAGGUGCUGCCAACCACAGUGUCCCAGCUGCCCUACGGAGUGAAGACCUUCCUGUUUGCUCUGUCAUCAGAAGCCUUUGCUGUCUCCUUCUUUGUCAUUACAUGCUUGGCCAUGUUCUAUGUUAUCGCACUAGCUGGAGCUCACAAGAGAGUCAUCAACCAACUAAGGGAGCAACUAGCGAUGGAGGGACGUGACAAACGUUUCCUAAUCCAGAAACUGUGCCAGGCUCAGAGGGUUUCAGCUAUUAGAUCCCCAGUAUCCAAAUCUCAGCCCCGGACCAGCAGGAGCAGCCCCAGCUACCACACCAGCUUCUCCAAUAAUUUCAGUGAAAGUGUUUUCCUAGCACACCCACCUCCAGAUUCCUCUACACAUAGGGCGCUCCUCUUCUACACAGUGCUUCACUGACGGGUGCUCAGCUGGUGCGGAACCGGAGGCAGCGUGCUGUCGCUCGGCUCAUCGAGAGACCAGUCAGCCAAAAUGUUCAGGAUAACGAUUCGGACAGACAUGGGAUCCGUUUAUUUAUUCUGUAUUAUCUAUUCCCAGUUUCUGACCGUAUCUUCUGAUGACAUAGUGGUGGCGUGCGGAGGAUUUGUGAAGUCUGAUGUAGAAAUCAACUACUCUCUGAUCGAGAUUAAACUAUACACCAAACAAGGCUCCUUGAAGUAUCAAACUGAUUGUGCUCCGAUCAAUGGUUACUUCAUGAUCCCUCUCUAUGACAAGGGAGAUUUUGUUUUGAAGAUUGAACCUCCGCUUGGUUGGAGCUUUGAGCCUACCAGCGUUGACCUCCAUGUGGAUGGAGUCAAUGACAUCUGUACCAAAGAAGAAGACAUCAACUUUGUAUUUACUGGGUUCUCCGUCUCAGGAACGGUUCUGAGUAAAGGUCAUCUCAUGGGCCCAGCAGGAGUUGAAGUCAAGCUCAGCCGAGUAGAAACAGAGGAGAAACUCCAGACUGUUGUUACACAGCCCGGAGGAAAGUAUACCUUCUUCAAAGUGCUCCCAGGAAAUUACGACAUUACAGCUUCACAUCCGUCCUGGACUUUGGAGCAGAGUACCACAUCAGUACAUGUCUCCAAUGCCAAUGCCCCAGCCGCCGCCCAUCUGGUGGUGGGAGGCUACGAUGUCUCAGGGGAGGUCCGCAGUGAUGGAGAGCCCAUGAAAGAGGUCACCUUCCUGCUGUAUUCAGCCACAGUCAAGAAAGAGGACAUCAGUGGCUGUAACACAUCUCCGGUGGAGGGGGCGGACUCUGGGGACAGCGCCUUGGUCUAUCUCUGUAGUGCUCUGUCCAGGGAAGAUGGAACCUUCUCCUUCCCUUCUCUGGCCAGUGGCGAGUACACUGUGGUACCUUUCUACAGGGGAGAAAGGAUUACUUUUGAUGUUGCUCCCUCUAGAAUGAAUUUCAAGGUGGAGCACAACAGUUUGAAGCUAGAGCCGAUCUUCCGUGUCAUGGGCUUUUCUGUCACCGGGAGAGUCCUGAACAGUGUCGGUGGAGAGGGUGUUCCUGACGCUACAGUGUCCAUCAACAACCAGAUUAAAGUUCUUACCAAGGAGGAUGGUUCUUUCCGGCUGGAGAACAUGACAGCCGGUACCUACACCAUCCGAGUCAACAAAGAGCUUAUGUUGUUUGAUCCAAUCACAGUGAAGAUCGCCCCAAACACACCACAACUCCCUGACAUCAUCACUGCGGGAUUCAGUGUGUGUGGCCAGAUCUCCAUCAGCCGCUUGCCUGAGGGGAUGAAGCAGCAAGGUCGCUACAAGGUCACCCUGACACACCAAGGUCAAGACCGGGCCAGCAGGACCAUCGACUCAGAUCCUCAAGGGGGGUUCUGCUUUCAGACCAAACCUGGAGACUACAGUGUCCAUGUGACGCUCCCUGAUGCCGAGGUGAAGGCUGGCCUGGCUCUGCAGCCUCAUGCCCUGGAAGUUUCCCUGGUGGACCGACCCCUCACAGACCUGCUGUUCACCCAGUUCAUGGCUUCUGUCUCUGGGAAAAUCUAUUGUCUAGCGUCCUGUGAUGACCUGUCAGUAACUCUUCAGCCGGUGAGUCGACAGGGCGAGCGAAGGGCAGUGGCUCUGUCUGGCAGCAGUGACAUCCUCAGCUUCUCCUUUCCCAACAUCCUACCUGGGAAAUACAAAGUGAGUAUUUCUCACGAGGAGUGGUGCUGGAAGCAUAAGUCCAUGGAGGUAGAGGUUUUGGACUCAGACGUCUUGGGAGUGGAGUUCAGACAGAUUGGCUACAUCCUGCGCUGCUCCCUCUCACAUGCCAUCACUCUGGAGUUCUUCCAAGAUGGUAGCAAACCUGAGAACGUUGGUGUAUACAACCUCUCUAAGGGAGUCAACCGCUUCUGCCUCUCCAAGCCUGGUGUUUACAAAGUCACCCCUCGCUCCUGUCACCAGUUUGAGCAAGACUUCUACACAUACGACACCUCAGCGCCCAGUAUCCUCACCCUUACCGCUGUACGGCAUCACAUGACUGGUCUCAUCACCACCGACAAAAUCCUGGAUGUUACAGUCACCAUCAAAUCUUCCAUAGAGAGCGAGCCGGCCCUUGUACUCGGACCCCUGCGCAGCCUUGAGGAGCAGAGAUUGGAACAGCAGCUGCAGGAAAUCCAACUGCGCCGCCAGGAACGAGAGCGCCGCGCCGCUGAAGAGGACACUGACAGUCCACCUAUCCAAGAGAAGCCAGAUGAGCUGACAGGGCCCUUCCACUACGAGUUCUCCUACUGGGCCAGGGCUGGAGAGAAAAUCACAGUGACUCCCUCAUCCAAGGAGCUGCUCUUCUACCCCCCUGAAGUAGAAGCCACUAUCACUGGAGAGUCCUGUCCAGGUCGGCUGGUGGACAUCAUCGGGCGUGCAGGCCUCUUCCUGAUGGGCAAGGUGUCACCAGAGCUGCAAGGGGUCGAGAUUUCCAUCACUGAAAAAGGAGCUGCUGCACCUCUUAUUACUGUGGCCACUAAUGAGAUGGGCGCAUACAGUGUUGGACCCCUCCACAGCGACCGGCAGUACGAUAUCACAGCCAGUAAAGAGGGUUUUGUCCUGAGUCCUGUGGAGGGAACCCAGGGGGAUUUCAAGGCGUUCGCCCUGGCUGGUGUCACCUUCAGGAUAAAAUCAGAGGAUGGCCAACCCCUGUCAGGUGUCCUUCUGUCUCUAAGUGGAGGACAGUUUCGCUCCAACCUCUUGACGCAGGACACUGGCCUCCUCACCUUUAACAACCUGAGUCCUGGUCAGUACUACUUCAAGCCCAUGAUGAAGGAGUUCCGCUUUGAGCCGGCAUCUCAGAUGAUCACUGUGGAGGAGGGGCAAAACCUCAGUAUCGACAUAAGUGGCAUUAAGACAGCAUACAGCUGCUAUGGAGCAGUGCAGUCUCUGAGUGGGGAUGCAGAGAGAGAUGUAGCCGUGGAAGCAGUUGGACAGGGAGAAUGCAGCCUCUAUAGCGAGGACACAGUCACCGAUGAGGAGGGACGAUUCAGACUUCGAGGGUUGCUGCCGGGUUGCAAGUAUCUGAUUCAGCUCCGAGCUGAAGGUAAUGAUCACAUCGAGAGAGCACUGCCACAGCACAGAGCCAUAGAGGUUGGCAGCACUGACAUUGAAGGGGUCAAUAUUAUCGCCUUCAGGCAAAUCAACCAGUUUGACCUCAGUGGAAACGUCAUCACGUCCCCUGAACAUCUCCCAACACUAUCGGUGAAACUAUAUAAGAGCGACAAUCUGGACAAUCCGAUCAGCAGUGUGUCUCUGGGACAGUCCCUCUUCUUCCACUUCCCUCCUCUGGACAGAGAUGGAGAGAGCUAUGUGCUGAUGCUGUACUCCACACUGUCACGUUCCCAGUAUGACUUCACUCUGCCUCAAGUCUCCUUCACCCUCCGGGGGGCUACCAUAAGCACAUCACGCUCACCUUCAACCCCACCCGUAAAGUGCCUGACCAAGAUGUUGCCCAGGGCUCCUACAUCGCUCUGGCCACGUCACACUCUGCUGCUCCUGUUAGCUGCGUACAACCAUGAGAAGGUAAUCCCCCUCCCUGCUACAGCUGGUCAAACCGUAUCCAGGGAGUGAGGAGCAUGGCCCAGGCCAGCGGGGACAGCGCCGCUCUGGACGAAGCCAAGCGCCAGGCCAAGAGACAGAAGGCCAGGCGCACAUGAGGACGCAGUCCACAGCUUUGCAAGGUGCACCUCAGACACACUCUAAACGGUACCCUAUCACCUACGAUCACAGCCUCGGAGAGCGCUGUGUGUUCACUCAGUCAAGCGUGGAAGUCACUGAACAGACUUUGUGUCACUGUCUGAUUAUUGGUGGUUAGUGAACUGUUUAGCUUCACUGCGGUGUGAUCUGAACGUGGGUCGAGCAAAGUCCAAUGUGAACCCCUCAGCAUGUGUUAACCACCACCACUCAUCAGCCUCUCAGAUCACUGGACUGACAGCUGAACACUUACACAUCGUUUUUUUUUGUUUUGUUUUGUUUUUUCAAAACAGUCAUUGACAAGAAAUUUGUCUAUACUUGUGAUAGAAUUUGAGCCAUUUUAUACCUUUGUAAUUAUCUAGGUCAACCGAAAAACCUGUCUUUUUAAAACAUUCGUGUGCUUUUGUUAUCAGUCUAACAUUGUUUAGGACUUCUCAGGCACCGUGGACAAAUGUGUGUUUGGCCACCAGCACUGGGAGUCAGUUCAGUUUAAUUUCAAUCUACAUGUCACAAC